GCGUUGGCGGCGUGACUGGAGUGCCAUAAGGAGCCCCUGGGAGGACCGCAGACUUUUUUUUUGCCUUGGAGGCAUUCCUCUCCACGCCGUGGGGCGAGCGGUGCAGCAGACAAUGCUGCGGUCCGGCGGCUGGACUCGGACGCGGAGUUAGCCAGCAGCAGCAGCCGCCGCCUCAUUAGUCUUCCGGAGGGAAAAGAAAAGAGUUCUCCCCGUGCUUACUAGUCGCUUUUUCCAGUUCUUUGCUGCUGCUGCUGCUGCGCUUAGGGAUGGUGCCGGCUCCAGGAUUAGCCUGAAGUUCUUCCUCCUCUUCUUCUUUUCUUCGGGGAGUGCCCCGCCGGUUCAGUUCUUAGCGCUUGCAGAUCCGGCGUGGGACGCCCACAAGGGAGAGGGUCUCCUGCCUGCCCCCCCCCGCUUCGCUUCUGAACGACCUCCCUGCUGGACGACAAUAUUGGCAUACACAAUUGCAAAAGCUUUUUUACCCCUCGCUUCCCCGUCGAAGCAGAAACUUGUGGAUGAUGUCAACUCCAAGCAGAUUCAAAAAGGACAAAGAGAUCAUAGCCGAAUAUGAAAGUCAAGUGAAAGAGAUUAGAGCUCAGCUUAUAGAGCAACAGAAAUGUCUGGAGCAGCAGACUGAGAUGAGGGUACAGCUUCUUCAAGACCUCCAAGAUUUCUUCCGCAAAAAGGCAGAAAUAGAGACUGAGUACUCUCGCAAUCUAGAAAAACUAGCGGAAAGGUUCAUGGCAAAAACACGAAGUACUAAGGACCAUCAACAGUACAAGAAAGACCAGAAUCUGCUAUCUCCAGUAAACUGUUGGUACUUACUUCUGAAUCAAGUGAGACGGGAAAGCAAAGAUCAUGCCACUUUGAGUGAUAUCUACCUGAACAAUGUCAUCAUGCGCUUUAUGCAGAUAAGUGAAGAUUCCACCAGAAUGUUCAAAAAGAGCAAAGAGAUUGCAUUCCAACUUCAUGAGGAUUUAAUGAGAGUGCUUAAUGAGCUUUAUACGGUCAUGAAGACAUAUCAUAUGUACCAUACAGAGAGCAUCAGUGCAGAAAGCAAACUGAAGGAGGCUGAAAAGCAAGAAGAAAAACAAAUUGGCAGGUCAGGAGAUCCUGUUUUUCACAUUCGGCUUGAGGAAAGACAUCAGAGACGGAGUUCGGUGAAGAAAAUUGAAAAAAUGAAGGAAAAACGUCAAGCAAAAUAUUCUGAAAACAAGCUGAAAUCCAUUAAAGCCAGAAAUGAAUAUCUGCUUACCCUUGAAGCAACAAAUGCUUCUGUUUUCAAGUACUACAUUCAUGACCUUUCAGAUUUGAUUGAUUGUUGUGAUCUUGGGUAUCAUGCAAGCCUGAACAGAGCGUUGAGAACAUAUCUCUCUGCGGAAUAUAACCUUGAAACCUCUCGCCAUGAGGGCCUGGACAUCAUUGAAAAUGCUGUUGACAAUUUGGAGCCACGAAGCGACAAACAGAGAUUCAUGGAGAUGUACCCUACAUCCUUUUGUCCUCCAAUGAAAUUUGAGUUCCAGCCCCAUAUGGGUGAUGAGGUUUCUCAGGUCAGUGCCCAGCAGCCAGUCCAAGGGGAACUUAUGCUUAGGUAUCAGCAACUUCAGUCCCGACUGUCUACAUUGAAAAUUGAAAACGAGGAGAUUAAGAAGACAACUGAAGCUACUUUACAGACAGUACAAGAUAUGGUCACCAUUGAGGACUAUGAUGUUUCUGAAUGUUUCCAGCAUAGUCGUUCAACUGAGUCUGUGAAGUCAACUGUUUCUGAGACCUAUUUGAGCAAGCCUAGUAUUGCUAAGAGAAGAGCAAACCAGCAGGAGACUGAACAGUUCUAUUUUAUGAAAUUCAGAGAGUACCUAGAAGGGAGCAACCUCAUCACAAAACUUCAGGCAAAACAUGAUUUACUGCAGCGAACACUUGCGGAAGGUCACAGAGCAGAAUAUAUGACUACAAGUCGAGGACGAAGGAACUCACACACAAGGCAUCAGGACUCAGGGCAGGCGAUCCCCCUCAUAGUAGAAAGCUGCAUCCGAUUUAUCAACUUGUAUGGUCUUCAGCAUCAGGGUAUUUUCAGAGUUUCUGGUUCCCAGGUGGAAGUCAAUGAUAUUAAAAAUUCAUUUGAGCGAGGUGAAAACCCUUUGGCAGAUGACCAAAGUAACCAUGACAUUAACUCAGUUGCUGGUGUACUGAAGCUCUAUUUCCGCGGGCUGGAGAACCCUGUCUUUCCUAAGGAAAGAUUUAAUGAUCUUAUUUCUUGUGUCAGAAUAGAAAAUCUCUAUGAGAGAGCUCUUCACAUACGCAAACUCCUCCUGACUUUGCCCAGAUCAGUCCUCAUAGUCCUGAGAUACCUCUUUGCUUUCCUCAGUCACCUUUCACAGUACAGUGAUGAAAAUAUGAUGGAUCCUUAUAACCUGGCCAUUUGUUUUGGCCCAACAUUGAUGCCAGUUCCAGACAUACAAGAACAAGUGUCAUGCCAGGCUCAUGUGAAUGAAAUAAUCAAAACUAUUAUUAUUCACCAUGAGAUCAUUUUCCCAGACACAAAGGACCUUGAUGGGCCAGUAUAUGAAAAAUGUAUGGCUGGCGAUGAGUACUGCGAUAGUCCUUAUAGUGAACACGGUACCCUAGAAGAAGUAGACUUGGAUGCUGGUACAGAACCACACACCAGUGAAGAUGAAUGUGAACCUAUAGAAGCUAUUGCCAAGUUUGAUUAUGUUGGAAGAUCUGCGCGAGAACUCUCUUUUAAAAAAGGAGCCUCCUUGCUUUUGUAUCAUCGUGCUUCGGAUGAUUGGUGGGAAGGAAGACACAAUGGAAUUGAUGGCCUUGUACCCCACCAGUACAUUGUGGUUCAAGACAUGGAUGAUACAUUCUCAGAUACACUGAGCCAAAAAGCAGACAGCGAAGCCAGCAGUGGGCCAGUAACAGAGGACAAAUCUUCAUCUAAGGAUAUGAAUUCACCAACAGAUCAUCAUUCUGAUUCAUAUUUAGGAAGGCAACGCAAGAGAUCUGAACUCCCACUACCUGGCAGACAUCCUGGCAGGACCAGUGAUGGACAUUGUCCAGUUCAUCCCCCCCACACCCUUGCCAAUUCAUCACUAGAAUUAGGUUCCCCCAGUCUAGCAAGCCACAACCCUUCUCGAGCUAUUCUACAAAACCGCAGCCUCAACGCAGACAGCCCAGAGAGAAGGCGUAGGCCUGGCCAUGGCAGCCUCACUAAUAUUAGUAGACAUGAGUCACUGAAGAAGACAGACAGCCCUCCAAUCAGAAGAUCAACCUCAUCCGGCCAGUACCCCGUUUUCAAUGACCACAAGCCUCUUGACCCAGAGUCAAUUGCUCAGGAUAUUGAAGAGACCAUGAACACAGCUCUGAAUGAACUCCGGGAACUGGAACGUCAAAGCUCUGCAAAACAUGCGCCGGAUGUAGUGCUGGAUACCUUAGAACAAAUGAAAAAUUCUUCCUCUGGCACCACCUCGACAGAAUCCUUGAGCCCUCUUCACAACAUAAUCUUAAGAAGCACUGAGCCUCAGAUUCGGCGUAGCACUAGCUCUUCCAGUGAUGCCAUGAGUACCUUCAAGCCUAUGGUGGCACCCAGAAUGGGAGUGCAGCUGAAACCCCCGGCGCUUAGGCCCAAGCCUAUAGUUCUUCCAAAAACAAACCCAAGCCUAGGCCCUUCCUCUCCUUCCCAAGGUCCAGCAGACAAGUCUUGCACGAUGUGAAAGCCAGGCAGCUUGUGUGGCGAGCAUGAAGUGAACUACCAAAAUAAUGGAUCACCGUUGGAUAUCUGUUUCCAUCACAUCAUUAGUUUGUGUUUAUAAUGGGAGAGGUUUUGUUUUUACCUGUUUAUAAUGUAAUGUCUCAAGCUAUUUACUACCUUCACAUGGGCAUUUUGACGUGAGUUCAAUUUUUAAACUGGACAAUUAAGUAUGUAAUUUUAAAAUGACAGGAAAACACACUUCUACUUGAAGCUUCCACACAGCACCUUUUCUAAUAAGAGCAUCACAAGUCACUGCCAGCAUCCCACACAAUUCAAUGAAAUUGCAUUGAGUGUAGCUUUUAGGCUUCAUAAGGAAUUACAAUGAUGGUUAUUUGAAAUGGAUUUAUAAAUAGAUGUUUUCUCUUCUAUAUCACUAGCUCCAGUAUGAAUCACAUUUUUAUAAGGGCUGAAUGUUUCCAUCUUGAGAAUUAAUAAGCAGCCUAGAUAAAAUGAAUAGAGAAAGCAGGGUCACCCUGAUAUCUUUUUCAAUAUACUUGCUGGAGUUAUUAGUGUACAGUACUCUGUUGGUAGAAUAUGGGGAAUGAAUUUACUUCUCAUGCUGAUGCAGAUGGAAACUUUCCAAAUCAAAGUUAAAGCCUGUUAUUAGAAUUACUGUGAAUAGUUUCUAGUAGUUGUAGCUCAGGCUUACUGCAUUGCAAUAAGGCUAGCUUCUUCUUCUUCUUCUUUGUAGCCACUGAUACCUCCAGAUAACUGUUCACAAACAAUUCACUACAAAAAAUUGUUUACAUUCCUAUGAGCCAAGUGUUUGGAUAUGUCUGCAGAUACAAAGUUUUAGCUAGCUAACCAUUUAUAACAGAACAUUCCUGGAAUGUAUGAAAGAGAAUGAUAAGUUGUAGAACUUAGUUUGAAUCUGCUAAAUCUUCAUGGUUAUGAAACAUGGGAAGAGUGAAGAAGGAAGAGUGGUGUUUCUUGAAUUUAUUGAAGCAGCAUGUUAUCUAUUUUGAAACUGGAAUAGCUCCAUUUAUUGAGCAAGAGGUUGUGCACAGGCAAAGAUGUCAUUUUCUAUUCUAAAAUAUGAAUAAACUAUGUCAGAAUCACUUUUUGUCCAGAUGACAGUAUCAGUAUCUUUUAUCCUGUAUGCGUGCACGUGUGAGUGAAAGCUGUGAACUGGCAUAGUGCUGCAUUACUAGGAUCAACUUUGUCGUUAGGUGUAAACUAACUGUAAAAUUGUGUUGCACAAACUAACAUUAAACUGCAUCAUCUCUAUAUGUUUUUUACAAGGUUACCUUUGCCCAGACCACAGAAAACUCCAUUAUACAUUAUUAGUCAAGCAACCACUUACGUACAAUCAUAAGUUGUAGUUCUGGACUGCAACACCUUGAAUGGAACAUAGACAAAUGAAAGGAAUUCAUCAGAUAUCCAUCAAUUCAUGUGAAACUAGAUCCAAAGAAGGGGUCUUUUUCUCAGUGCCCUUGUUCUGUGAAGAGAUUUUUGUUUGUUUUUCUAUUUGAAUGCUUUUGUUCAGAUCCUUUAUAUUAGAUGAAAUCACAAAAAAAGGGGAAGACUAGCUGUCUUGUGACAAGAAUUGUUAGUGUGUAAUAGUGUAAGGGCUUUGUAGCUUAUUAGCAUAAAGUGUGACUGAUCUGUUUCUUGCAGUUUACUAACAAUAAUUAGGUGGGAAUACUAAAACAUUUGGGCAUGAUGAAGACAUAUCAGUAGCCAUGCAAAGAUGUUUGCAGUCUGUCCACACACAUCCACACUAGUUCUUUGUAACUUAAUUGGAGGUCCAAACAAAUGGGGAGGUGAGGGGCUUUUAUUAAGCUUCAAGGCUAGAGGCAAGAUCCCCUCUCAGAUAGUGAAGCUAAUGUCUCUGUACAAACCUUAAUUUGAAACUAUUAUUUUAUGGAUGGUACUCAUUAAUUUGGCAAUCCACCUGGAUAAGAAGGGGUCCACUUGGUAACUACAAGAUAUACUGGAUCAUUUUGUUUGAAACAGAACACUAAACUAAAAUACAGUAUAUUGAAUUUUUCUGUUUGCUGCAGAGACUAAAAUAUGGACACAUAUUAUUCACCAAAGGUGCCACUAUGAAGAGAGCAACUCUCAGAUGUCACUGGAAACUUAAUUAAGGUCCAAAGGACUUAGAUACUGUAAUUGCUGUUCAUUGUAAAGCAUUGCAGCGGACUCAGGCAAGGUUAAGAAUUAUUUUAUUAAACUUGCCCAAAUCAAGAACCUGUGGGACAAACUGACAUGCCAGAUUUCAUCUAAGUGCAUUCAGACUCAUGUUUGUUUAUUUUUAAUAGAUCAUGUGGCAUAAUUAAGGUGGGUGCCUGUAUCUUGAAACUGCAUAGAAAAACUCCACUGGCCUCCAUACUGCUUAUAUUAUAAAUUGUUUAGUGAAGAAAAAUAUUAGAAACAGUGAGUUUAGUGAAUGCUUCCAGCUAGAGCAUUCACAUGAGUUAAAUGUGUGUAGUUUGAUGGUUUAUUAUUGCUACUUCAGGUUUAGUGAGUGGAUAUGUAACAGGAAGGACUGAUACAACAGGCAUAGUAAGGGGUAAAUGCCUGUAUACCUAAUCAAAUCAGUAUUGUCCUUGACAGUUAGUUUGAUAGAUUGCAGUGCUGGUAGCUUCCUGCUUGUUGACUGUUACCUAAUUGUGUCAAUGUACAUCUGUAAGUAUGUACAUGUGAAAGUGCCUUUACAUUUUUAGAGAAGCUUUAGCUUUGCUCUUGUAUUGUUGCAUUUCCAUCUCAUUUUCUGCUGCUCUUGUGCUGCUUCAUUUUCAUGUAAUUCCUUCCAUUUUCAAAUAACAGACGAGUUGCAAUUGCACAGUCCUUAAAGAAGAUGACAAAAAAGUACUGUUAAGCUGUUGUGACAAUGCACUUUUAUGUAUAGUACUGUACAUUUUGGCAUGUACCAUUAGAGGCUUCAGUAUACUUUCAGAUUUGUUUCUCAUAAUGUAACUUUAUAAUAAAUAAGAAUAGAUC